CUUGUUUUAUUUCAUUUCACGAUUCUCAUUUUAUAAUACUUGGUGACAAUUUCUACUCAUGAGGACUUUUAUCACUGAAGCCUCACCUGGUACCCGCCGCUCCGCACUAUUCUCCCGCACCUCGGUUUAGUCCAACAUAGCUGCAUCCCGCCGCACAAACCUUUGGGUUCGUGGAAACCCGUCCCGGUCGGACCGUCCCGGCAGUGACACGGUGCAAUCCCGGAUUCACUUCGACUCCCGGCUCAAAUGCAAAGUUUUCUCCUUGCAGGCGAUUGUGCCGCCAUCCCUGUCCCCGAGUAACCCUGGAAUGGGAUGGUUGGGAAUUGACACCCAUCCCAUGGGUCAAGAGACCAGGUCGUAGGAUUGCAACACGCUGCGGGACUUGCUUUCCAUCGGUCAGUGCGAUGACGAGCCCUUGUCCUGGAACCGAGGUUGCUAUUCGGCACAGACACGCAGGGCACGAUGCUUUUUCUCUCUCGGCGACAGGGUCGUUCCAACAGACGCCCUGGUCGCACAGUGCUGGCGAGUGUUGGCCAUAGGGUCACCGUUACGUCGUCUCGUACUAAGAAUAUCUCGUCCUUCGUAACUCACACGCCGACGAUAAAUCCCACCAUCCACACACAGUCUUACAUACUUUGUCCUGCCCCCCGGCCUCUGCUCAACCCGCAUGCCGUCGCUGCACACGCAGUUCGAGCUGAGCGACACGACAAACCGCUGACGUUAUCCAGACCGGUCCGGAAACAGCGGGAAGGGUGGGCGGGGAGGAAUAUGAUAUGCUGCGCUCGCACGCAAGCGCAGACGAAUCGAGCUGGGUUACAUGCGAAAUGGACAAGUACCCUGAAUGAAAUACGGCCACGCUGCACGGUCAGCAAGCGGAAGGAUGGCUGCGCAGAUGGCUGGGGGGCGUGGAAAUAUUGGGUGCAUGUAACACCCAAAAUAAGAACCUGGGCGCUUUUGAACUGCCACACACACGGGCACUGUGACAGUUCUGUAUGCGAUGGCUUCCAGCCCACGUUGAGACGCGCCGACGACGCAGUCGCUUUCUCGGCACUUGGACGGGGGCGUUCGUCUGUGCCCGCCGGACUCGGUCCAUCACGAGUCAGCGUAUGCACAAUCAAUCAAUCGCCUUGCGUGGUCUUCCCCUCAUUGUGCGUCCGCCCGCGUUCCAUUCCCACCUCCACGCUGCACCAUCACGGGCAUCGCCGCGGGACGUUCCCGGCCAUUUAAGCGCCCAACGAACAACAACCCAACCAGGACACGUUGGGGGACCACCCUC